GCGGGCGGGGCGUUGUCGAGCGGCCGCCGCCUGUUUACCAGCGCCGCGCCGGUAGCGGAUGGUUGUGGGCGCCAUGCGGGCUCUGCCCCCGCGCUGUGUGCCCUGGGCGCUGAAGGCGGUGAGCUCGGGGUGCCGCGGCUGCAGCAGCUCGGCCGAGCCGGGCGGUUCGAAGCCGCUGAAGGAAUGGACGCUGGUGGUCGGCCCGCAGGGGAGGCUGCGGGUGCGGCUGCCGUGCCAGGUGAGCGUGAGGCCGCUCGACCCGCAGCGCUACCCGGGCUCGGACCGAGUGUUGGUCACCGUCAGCGGCGUGGAGCGGAGCGCCCGCCGCCACCUGGAGCACGUCCGGGUGCGCUACGAUGAGGCUCUGCAGCUGCUGGCCAUCGCGGCUGAGGGCAGCAUGGACAGCAAGGCUGCCGUGGACGUCCGGACACCGGGGAAGUUCGAUUUGGAUAUCAAAACAUCAGGAACUGGCUGUGUGAAGGUUCAGAAAAUGGAAUGUGAUAACUGCAAAAUAGAAACUGAGAAGGGGACUAGUGUCUUGCAGUCAAUAAAGAGCCAUAAAAUUGAUAUACGGACAAAUGGUGGGAAAGUAAUUGGUCUUGGAACGCUUUAUGGGAAUACAGAUAUUCAUGCAACAGAGAAGGGCAGUGUGAACAUAGAGAAGCUGCAGGGGACAACAGUCAACAUAUCCACAGAAGAUGGGCUCCUGAAGACUAAAUAUCUCUAUGCAGAAACUUCAUCUCUCUCUUCAGUAGCUGGUGAUAUUAUGCUGGGAUGUAUUCAUGGUAACACCAGCCUUGAGACAAAAAAAGGGAGUAUCACAGUAGAUUCAUCAGAUGGAAGUCUAAAAGCUUCUACGCUUCAUGGGGCAAUAGAUGUUUACGUCAGUCAAUUAAGAGAAGUGGAUCUGAAAUCCCAGAAAGGUUCUAUUACGGUCAAGGUACCUGCCUCUCUCAAAGCCUACUUACAGUUGUCUGGAAGAAAAGUGGAUGUGAGCUCAGAGAUCGAGUUAAAAGAAACACAGAGUGCCUCCAAAGAUGAUCACGUAAUUUUGAGUGGUCACAUGAAUCAAAGGGAUGAAACAGACAAAUGGAUUAAGGCUGACACACAGAGUGGCAAAGUGUAUCUUAAAAGCCAAAGCUGGAUUCAGUCUGUCAAGCUGAAGGUUUCCUAAAGGUGAAAUCAUCAAAACAGUCACAUCAAGAAACUGUAAAGGAACAUUUUAUCUGGAAUUAUGAGACUUAGUUGAUACAUAUUCUUAAUGUAUGAGAGAAACAAUAUUAAAAAUGAGGGCUUUUUAACCCAAGAUUUGCUGGUGACGGUGGCUGGCGGUUAAUGGGUCUGGUUUACUUUUAGUGCCUUUUAGGAACUACGGGGCCUUACAGAUGCAGAGUUUGUAUGACCUGACCCACUCACCAAAUUGGUCUUAAAAGAUGUCGACUUUCAAACAGAAGUUUGGAGUCAUCGUUUAAAACCAAGAAGUCAAAGAACAAAAGCACUUUCACUUCCUGGUCUUUGGAAACAUGAGAAUUUACUUCCAAGGAGCUGUGCUCUGCCAACUGUUCUGUAUUUCUUAGCAAAAUCUCUUUCUACUGUGGGACUGUUGUUUAUGUAAAACCUACAAUUCUUUUUUCAAACAAAUUAUGUGCAUUGUGGAUAAAACCACUUUCAGUCUUUAAUUCAUUGCUGGUUUUCUUGUCUGCUUUUAACCCCUCAGCGGUUUUUGCUUUGUCAGCGGGCACUGUAUGUGUAAAACUGCUUCUGUGAAACAAAGCAACUUGUUCCGUGUUGUCCUGAACCACUUCCUUGUAGGCUGAGUUAGCAACUCAAUGUACGUUGCAGUUUGUCUACAAAGAAAUGCUUUCAGUAUGAAUACUCCAAAGUGCAACAGGUGUGGCUGAUUCCAAGGAAGAACACUCCACCAAGCAGGACUUGGGAUAAGAGUCCAUGUCAAUGUUCCCCAAAGUAAAAUGAGAACUGUAAUCUCCUUGCUACAUUUCCAGUGGUUUAUCGUCAGCCUUGCAUGACAGGACUGUAAGCUCAUAGAGGCAGAAAGGCAGAGGAGGAAGGUGAGGGAAUUUUAUACACCCUGCACAAGAGAGUGAUUCCUGUGGAGGCUUUUGUUACUGUAUUGCAAACACACAGUAAACUAAAAGGAGCUUUUAAAAGCCUUUCUGUUUAUAAAUGGCCCCUUAGAACAGAAGUACUGAAGUUUGUGUUUUACAGCUGAAGUGCGGGACUGCCUGCCAGCUGAGGGGAUGGAGAGAACCACAAAGGGUUCAGAGUGUCAGCUCAGGUUUUAAAUUGUGUAUAUGUGUUGGUAGACCGUAACGUUAUACAAUGAGAUUCCCCAAGGGCUGCAGUUGCCCCUCGUUGAUGUUCUGCAGCAAUCAAGGGUUGAUUUUUUAACAUUAAUAGAGAGUUAAAAAUUCUACAUUCUGUUUCCCAUUGUGCAUUCAGUUUGUUCUGUGGCAAAUGAUGUAUAUAUUUAAUAGCUAGUAUAUAAAACUACUAUAUGUCACUACUAAAAGGAAUAUAUUAUUACUAAAUAUCAUUAUACUAUUAGAAGAUAUACAGUUCGUAAAUGUGUAACGGUUUCCUCAAGAAGUUUUGACACUGCUAUUUUCUGAGCUGCUGGCAAAAAGUGAAAGAAGCGCUCCUAAAUUCUUGUUGUAUCUGGAAAUAAAAUAUGUAGCCAAUGUUUCACAGAA